AUGUCAGACAAACGUUUGAGAGAUUGUGAUAUACUUCAGCUUUUAGAUGAACAGUUUGAUUUUCCCUCUGACGAAUUUGAUAAUUUGCUACACGAAUACGAAUUAUUUGGUAUUGAUGAUGCUGUUAACACAGAAGAAAUUAAAUGGUCCGAAUCGCCAUUUGUUAGACCUAAAAUCCAUUUAAAAGAAUUAAAAAAACGUCUAGUCCCUAAUACUUUGCCACCGCCUAUACAUUAUUUUUUAAAAUAUUUUACUGAAAAUGAUAUUGAAGAAAUGGCUGGCUAUACAAACAUAUAUGCACAGCAAACAGGUGUGAAAAAUUUUAUCGAAACAAAUUCUUCGGAAAUAAAAACAUUUAUAGGCAUUCAUUUACUAAUUGGGGUUUAUGGCCUCCCUCGCGUUCGUAUGUACUGGCAACAGAAAUCGAGAAUUAAUAUUAUCGCUAAUAACAUGCAAAGAAAUAGAUUUUUUCAACUGCGGAGAACAUUCCAUGUUGUCAAUAAUGAUACGAUUCCUUGUAACAAUAAAGAUAAAUUUUUUAAAGUGCGUCCUUUGUAUAACUGUUUAAAAAAAUGUAAUUUGCUGGAAAUUGAGCGUAAUUUGAGCGUAGACGAGCAAAUGGUCCCAUUCAAAGGGCAAAGCUACGUCAAAUAUUAUAUGCGUGGAAAACCACAUUCUUGGGGCUUCAAAAUUUAUUUAUUAUGUGGGUCAAGUGGUCUUGUGUAUGAUUUGUUAAUGUAUCAAGGAGGAAAUACAGAAAUUAACGAGCAAGAAAAACAAAUUUACGGGUUUGGUGGGGCAGAUGUUCUAAAACUUAUAAAUGACAUAGUAAAACCAAGCCAACAUUAUUUAUACUUUGAUAAUUUCUUUACCAGUUUUAAUUUAAUUCAUGCAUUAGAUGAAAUGAAAAUUUAUGCCACAGGUACGGCCAGAACUAACCGUUUUGAUCCGCCUCUACUUAGUGAUAAAACUAUGUCCAAUUUAGGUCGUGGUGCUUCUUUUGAAAUUUCUUCUGCUGUGCCUAAUACUAAUAUAGGUAUGCUAAAGUGGUACGAUUCAAGAUCAGUUGUAUUGGUGACUAACUGUGUUAUAUCAGGGACGCCUGAUACGGUAAGACAAUGGAAUAAAAACAAAAAAAUUUACGAAAAAAUUGAUCGCCCAGAAAUUAUUCAAAACUAUAACACUUCAAUGGGAGGUGUUGAUAAAUUAGUUUAUAUUGAUUAGUUUAUUUCGAACUCACAUAAAAUCUAAUAAAUGGACCUUACGUCUCAUAACACAUGCGUUUGAUAUGGCCACAACCAACUCGUGGCUGGAAUAUCGUAUCGAU